CCGCCCACCACCUACUUGCCCCCCAAACAAAAAAGGCCACCUCAUGCUUAUGCCCAGGGCCAUGGUCUUCAGACCAGCCCCGUCCCCGUAAUCUGUCCUUUAUGCUUCUCCAGGCCAGAAGCCAGGGAGCCCUCAGUGACCACAGAUUCUCUGGACAAAUUCACAGCCCUGUCCCCGCCCAGCCGAGGCAGUGGAGCACCAGCUCAAGCACAAGGACAGAGCCCCUGGACUGCCAGGUUCCUUGCCAGGAAUCAGGAGGAGAAAUCCGUCUCCUGGAGCUUGAGUGUGGCCUGGGGGACAGGCCGUUGGUCCCACAAUGCCCCUGCCUGAGCCCAGCGAACAGGAGGGCGAGAGUGUGAAGGCCGGCCAGGAGCCGUCCCCACAGUCCCCCGAGCCGGGCACAGAUGUCGUCCCUUCAGCUCCCAGGAAGCCCAAGCCCAGGAAGUUCUCCAAACUGGUCCUGCUGACAGCGUCCAAAGACAGUGACAAAGUGGCUGCAGCCAAGCGCAGAGGCGUGCACUGCAUCAUGUCCCUGGGGGUGCCCGCCCCCACCACCCUGGCCAAGGCCCUCCUCAAGAUCCAUCCCGAGGCCCAGCGUGCCAUUGAGGCAGCCCCGCCGGAGUCUGAGCAGAAACGCAGGAAGCUGGACACAGGUGAGGCCCUCGUCCCAGCGAGCAAAACCGAGCAAGACCUCCCUGGGGCUGCAAAAAGGAAAAGAAGACGGAAGGCUGGCAGAGGGGCCAGCUCCCAGUCCCACGGAGGGCGGGAGGAGUCCUCUGUGGGGCCCGACGAGGCUCCGUAA